CUCGGUGCUUUGCACUGCAUCGGCGGGGACGUUAGCAAUUUAUCCAGUUACACUGAUAAACUGAUUGAUUUAAUAAGUUUAGCUUCUCAGCUCAUCCUUUGACUGAAACAACCCCCUUUAACCCUGCUUUCCUCUAAUUGGCCGCUUUCUGCAAACAGAAGAUCAAAGAUGGCCCUCACACUAGUGUCCUCCAACAAGUGCGCUGGCGGCUUCCAGAAGGUUUUUGAACAUGAAAGCACUGAGCUGAAGUGUAAGAUGAAGUUUGCAGUCUAUCUGCCUCCAAAGGCUGAGACCGACAAGUGUCCCGUCAUGUACUGGCUCUCUGGCCUGACGUGCACGGAGCAGAACUUCAUCACCAAAGCCGGCAGUCAGCUCGGUGCUGCGGAGCACGGCAUCAUCGUCGUAGCUCCAGACACCAGCCCACGUGGCUGCAACAUCGAAGGCGAAGAUGAGAGCUGGGAUUUCGGCACUGGUGCUGGUUUCUACGUCAACGCCACCCAGGACCCGUGGAAGACCAACUACCGCAUGUAUGCCUACGUCACCGAGGAGCUCCCUAAACUGAUCAACGCUAACUUCCCCACCGACCCAGAGAAGAUGUCCAUCUCUGGCCACUCAAUGGGCGGCCAUGGGGCGCUCAUCUGUGCCCUGAAGAACCCGGGGAAAUACAAGGCUGUGUCUGCAUUCGCUCCCAUCUGUAACCCGAUGCAGUGUCCCUGGGGACAGAAAGCUUUCUCAGGGUACCUGGGCCCUGAUAGGUCCACAUGGGAGGCGUACGACGCUACCGUGUUGGCAGCUUCGUAUUCUGGUCCUCAGCUCGACAUCCUCAUCGAUCAAGGCCGAGACGACCAGUUCCUGUCAGCUAGCCAGCUUCUGCCCGACAACCUGAUCGCCGUCUGCUCCGAGAAGAAAAUCCCUGUCGUCUUCAGGCUGCAGCCGGGCUAUGACCACAGCUACUUCUUCAUCUACUCCUUCAUGAACGACCACAUCAAGCACCACGCCAAGUACCUGAACGCAUGAACAGCCGCCGCAGUUUGACCCCAGUCAGAUCACUCUGACCCUGCUGCUCUGCUGCCAUCAUUCACCUUUUGUCUCAUUUCUCCUCUGACUUCCUGUACCACUGAGUUCACUGAGUACCCGUUUCCUGGAAACAAACCAAACCAUGUCAGCUCACUGACAUUUCGUCCCACUUAGAAGCCUUUGUGCCUUCACUGUGAAAAGCACUUAUCAGAAUUCUCUGAGAAGAGAAACUUCUGUGUUUAGUAUUUUUGGGGGAGCUGUGGUUACAGCCACAACGUCUCUAAUAUCAGGAAGUAUUCCUGUGACCCGACUGCCAGCAUGUGGAUUUUCUUCUGGACUCGGAGCAGAGACUCGUCAGUCUUUCAUCAGAAUAAAAUAAAAAAAAUAAAUCUUGCUGAUGAA